AUGCUUACGCAUUCUGACAAAACGACUUUAUCCAUUUCAUCUCACGGGAAACUGACCCGCGGAAGGGGAUCUUCUGCUCGGCGCCGUCGUGGCUACGGCUCUCGGCGAGGUGGCAGCAGCCAUGGGCGCAAUGGAGGCCGACAACGGCGACGUGGACGCCGCCGCCGGGUUGACCGUGAUGCUGGUUCAGAGUUUGACACGGACGAGGAACUGGAUGACCUUGAAUAUGCUGAAGUGGAGGCAGAACCCCAUUCUGUUAGUGGAGCCAUUUAUGUUGAACUGGAGAAGCCAUUUGAGGCCGCCAGUAAAUCUACCCCGGCCACCGCCAUUGAAGGUUCGAAUGGAUUGAUGGGCUCCUUGGCUAGGUAUACUGGGACUGGGGCGAUUGGAAAAGUCCGUCUUCUAGAUCCUUCCCAAACAUGGUCAGGUUGUGCACGAAUGCCGAUGGCAUCAAAUGCAGUAUUGGCUACUACGGCGAUUGAGGUACGCACUGGAGAUAUUUCUGUCACACCCUCAGGAGUAAUGACACGGCAUUCCCUCGUCGACCAAAACAUGAUAGGUAGCGAUUUUUCUGCAUCUUUGGCCACCAAGGGGCAGGUAGAAAUGGAGGAAGACGAAGGAUUGGCGUCCGCUCGACGUGUGCGUAAAGGUGGGCCUAACUAUACUUCCUUCCUUCUAACCUCCAUUACCUAUUCUUCAAAUUAA